AUGGGAAGCAAAGCUGUUGUCUCAGUCUACUUAAUUAUUUCAGUGUGUGCUGCCAUCUUUGUCACUCGUGGAGUAGCUCAAAUGCAAAAUCCGCAGGCGAUUCCAGGACUUUUUCCACCUGGCUUAGUACCUAUUGAUCUGGUCAAAUGUUGGUCGUCUCUCUUUACCGUCCAAGGAUGUGUCCUGGCAAUCUCCAACUCAUUUUUUUCUGGAAAAUUUGAAAACGUUGAAGCGGCAUGCUGCAAGUUGUUUUCAACUUUAGAUGCAAACUGUUGGCCUCAUAUGUUUCCUUUGAAUCCUUUCUUCCCUCCUCUCCUCAAGGACAAUUGUUCGCCCAUCAUCCCUAACUCCCCUGCACACAACUGA